AGAGAAACAAAUAUAACUCAUUUAAAUGCCAUAUAUAUUUGUUUCUCCUCCUCUCAAUAUUUCGCUAUUUUCCUCCAUUUUUCUGUCCUCUAAUAUCCUUCCCCAACAAAACACCAUGAAUCCUUACGGAGAAGACAACUUAUUCUGCUAUUUCCACCCAAAGGAAUUUCUUGUAGGAGUCUGUGCUCUUUGCUUGAAGGAAAGGCUCCUCAUCCUCGCCUCAAAGCAAAGUCACGUUCACCUUCCCAAAAAUGCUAAUAAUGUCUUCCAAGGGCUGAGGAGAAAGCCUUCCAUAGCCCUUCCUAAAGUCUUUGCUUUAGGCUCUUUCUUCCACCGCUUUGAAGCUCGAAAUCAAAAUCCAGAUGAGGAAAACAACGAAGAAGGCUCAAUCACCAGCCAUGAAGAUUCUUUCAUAUCAAUAAAGUUUGAGCCUGAUGGGCGUGGAUCUUGGGAGAACGUGAAAAACACAAGUGAACGGUCGUCAUGGCUUGCCAGUGGAAAGGAAGAUAAGUUGAAGGAGAUCAACGGAAGGAUAAACAGUGUGGUGGAGAAAGCGAAGCUGCAAAGUGGGCUUAGAUGGCGCAAGAAGAUUGGACAGUUAAUCCAACUGGCUCGCUGGAUUAGGUCCAGCAAGGCUGGUGUAUCUCAUACAGGAAUUACAAGGAAGGUGGAGAGAGUCAGGGGAAGAAGGGGUUGGAUAAGAAGCUUGACAAGGAGGGCUAUUUCAUCCACAGAUUAAGGAACAGCAAUGUUACAUAUAUUAUCAUUUUAUAUUUAUAUUUACUGUAAAUAGAAGAUAAAUAGAAUGUAUAAUGUUUGGUUAAAAAGAUAAUAUGAUCGUAUGUGUUCAUGCAGAUCAAAGUGAGAAUAAUUGCCCAUCACUGACCUCCUCUCGCCAUCUCAUGCACCCCUUUCUGCAGCCCCACCUUCCCCUUCUGGCACUCCACUUUUCAGCCUCAUAAUGAAUGUAGAAGAAGAUGAUUAUGAUAUGAGAAAUAAAGCUUCGAUCUUGUGCUUGAUUUUCUUGGCAAAAAAA